ACCAACUCUCAUACCAUUUUCAAUUACAAUUUACAACAACUCAAGAGCCAUGCUUCCUGCUGACAUUUCAGAACUCCACUUCUUAUUACAACAAGAAAACCAAAUCCCAGACUUUGGUUUUGGUUUGACGCAAAGCAACAACCCACAAUCCUUCAACUUCAACAAUCUCUUCACCAACAACAAUGACUCUCCAUACCCUCCACUCUCAGUCCAUGAAUUCACUCAACAGUCCUCAAGUACUGUGAGCAACAACUCCACCUCUGAUGAGGGUGACGACCUCCCACAAACCAUCAUCGACGAGAGGAAGCAAAGGAGAAUGAUUUCCAACAGAGAAUCCGCUCGUCGCUCCAGGAUGCGUAAACAGAAGCACCUAGACGAGCUUUGGUCACAAGUGCUUAGGCUCAGAACAGAGAACCAUAAUUUGAUUGACAAGUUGAACCAUGUCUCUGAGUCCCAUGACAAGGUACUUGAAGAGAAUGCGAAGCUCAAAGAAGAGACUUCGGAUCUUCGUCAAAUGCUCACUGAAUUACAGAUUGGGAGUCCGAGCAAUUACACUGCUUUGAGAGUGCUUGAAGAGCUCCCCUGCAACACAGCACAUCUUAGAGCAGAGUCAUCAUCAUCAAUCCAGUCCAAUAUUACUAGUUCUGUAAACUUGCUUCAUUGAGGCCAUGAUGAGGCAGUUUUAAGUUAACCUUAUUUAAGUACUAAUCUAUGUAUCUACGUCUCUCCUUGUCUCUUUUCCCUGUAUGAGAUCAGAAAAAAGGGUACUGAAAUAACAUGUUUUUGACCAAUUUUAUGCACAAA